UCCUGCUUGCCCGCGCUGAAUGUGCCCGGUUCAGUUGCUGGCGACAAACCCCUCGACUUUCACGUCGCCCGCCGACCUUCUGCUCGCUGCGUAGCCCAACUGCGGCGUUGAAUGCGGGCCAGGUUGCGCGUCGCAACAAUUUCUGGGAAAGUCGCUAGCUAGAGGUGGUGUACCGCGGCGGGCUUUUCAAACCCACCAUCCUCUCAACCGACCCUGACUCUAGGCACCUCGCCGCUCCGCCCUUCCUUGGAACCGACCGUCUCCGCUUCGUUAUCGAAUAAUUGCUACAAUAUCUUCGCCGGACCAUUAUGUCGGCAGUCAAUGGAGCCACGGGCAAGCCCGCUAAGGUCGCUACUCGGCCCUCUAACAGGCCCAUUGUCCCCGUCUUACCCCUCAACUACCCUCAACGUCCGGCGAAUAAGCCACCUUCUGCCGGUCCAGCAACGUCGCCCCCGACCAAGGGCCAGAACGGCGCCCGACAAGCCGAGAACAAAUCCGGUUCGCAUGGCUCGGGACACAGCAAAGAGCCGCUGAACGGCGACUCGACCGAGCUUGGCCCAAACUCUGCCGACAAUGCUGAUGCCACAACCCCUCCCGCAGCUCCCGUUCAAACUGUCGGCAAGGCGGAGCCAUCUGCUUCCGUCGCAGCUCCGAAUGGACGCGCAAGAGACACUUCUACGGUUUCUCCUUCGUCUCGUGACCACCAUGCAGUGCCUGCUGCUCAACAUCGACCUCAGGGAAUACCCAACGUUGCACCCCAAGUCAUGGCCACAUCCGGUCUGGUUCCCGAUGGUCCCAUUCCUGCCCCGCACCCCGCUGUGAUGAACCGGCCUACCUUCCAUCAACCUCACCCCAGCAGUGGCAGCCUGAUGUUCAGUGGCUUUUAUGACUCCAACGCGUCGUCGCCCGCUCCCCGUUCAGGUGGCGGUGGUUUCCCUCCCCCAGGCCUGUUCCCGUAUCCGCCUGCCCCUGUAGACGGGUAUGGGCGCCCUUUGUUGGUAUCUCCGGCUGUCGAGGUAAUUGGUCAUCAUGGGCCGCCUACUCCUCACAGCUUCCACGGGUCCCAGUCGUCGGCGCAGGCAGAGGACGCUGCCUUCAACCAUCACGCCGGUCUCAACGGACAUGCGGAGUAUAUCGCGGAGCAGGCCGGACAGGGCCCGAUCCGUGCCCCGGGAAUGAAUCCACCGAUGAAUGGCACCGUGCACCCCACCGCGGGCCCAGUUCCGGGCUACCAGAGCCUGCUCGACCAGGAUGAAGCCUUGUCAUUCCUGAGACACGGCAUCACCGACAGUACCUUCAACGACUGUGUCCUCGAGGUUCGUUUCCCCGACACUCCCGACUUCCACGAUCAUCCUGGAUACCGGCAGCUUCACCGCGUACUCAGGACUCCCGGUCACCGCUUCAUCUUUUCUCGCAGCCCUACGCUUGCCGGAAUUAUGAAAGCCCAGGGAACCACGCCGGGUGGCGUGAUCUCACUCGAGAUCAACGAUGGCUACAUGCGGUCCGACGUCUUUUGGUAUUCCAUCCGUACUCUCUAUGGUUGGAGCCUUGCCGAUGGUAUCCUUCCCACCGAACUCCGACUCCGCGAUGUCAGGGACGACUUCAAGACAGCCCUUAGCUAUGUUGCCACUGCGCGGUAUUUACAGCUCCCGUGGGUACAUUCCGUUGCUGUGCACCGCGCCAGCCGCCUUCUCCUCUGGAACACGAUCGAGGAGGCUGUCAGGUUCAUUUCCAAAGUCGUGGUUAUGUCGCCGCGCAAUGAUGGCUUUGGCGUGCCGGAGCUUGUGGAUCAGGUCCUUGCUUUUCUCGUCCACAACUUCCCCGCGGACUUCGUGCUCGAUACCAGUGCGGCCAACUUCGGGUUUCCACGUCUUCCGCCCUCGAACCCUACGCCUUCUAAGUCGAAUGCUCCCACAGCUGCUUAUGGCACCUCACGCGGCGUUCAUAGCCGCCAGCCUUCCAAGGCCCAGGCCCAGAUGCCGGGUAACCCGCGUGUAUCAUCCAACCUUCGCCUGUCUCAGAUCAAGUUUGGAGACAUCUCCCCGGCCGAGAGCGGGCAUGCGGUCCCUGAUGCCUCUGACAAGCCCCCGGCCCGCCGCGCUCCGACCGCAAACGACACCAUCCUUUCCCGUAUCUUGCUCAAUCUGCCCUUCGAGCUCCUGAAGCAGAUUUUGGAGCAUCCCCAUCUGGCCAAGUUGGGCGGAGACCUCAGCCCGUCAUUCCGCUUGUCAAUAAUAACCGACAUUGUCGCCGAACGGGAGUCGAGGCGGCUGCGAGCCCUAGAGAAAGCGGAACCUCAGCUUCGUGCCUACCAAGAACGGGUCGAGAAUGCAGCAGCGCCGGUGGUUGUAGGGAAUAUGGACGACUAUUGGGUCAACAAUAUGGGCUUUAAGGAAGAGGUAUUCCCUGGAGACCUCCCAUACCUUGUCCAUACGUGGUCGCACGCCACCUCUUCCAGCGUUAGCGCCUGACGCCUGACAUCAAGGCCGAGCACCCUCAGCUUUCACCACUGGAUGACUUUGGGAACCUGGGUUGGCAUGGUCCUUGGGCUUACCUUUCUUUUCCUCGUGCGUUAGUUUCUCUUGCAGUUUCCAUCACCGUCAACCCCUUGCUUAAUCUUUUUUGCAUUGCGUCUGGAGUA